AUGGAUACAAUAGAGUACCGGCCAACAUCCCCUAUCCGGAAGACACAUAGAAGAACGACAAGAGCAUGCGAUGAUUGUCGCCGACUCAAGGAGAAAUGUAUCGGCUCAAUGCCCUGCGACAGAUGCAAAUACUUUGGCAGGCCUUGUCAGUUCAGCGAUAGGUUCAGAAGAAGCCGAGUUUCUCGUACAGCAGCAAAGACAGUCAAGGCAUCUGCGGUGGAAGUAACGUCCGAAGAUGUCUCUGUGUACUUUGAGGCGGAACGUAUUCAGGCGCUAGAGCAUAUCGUGAAACAUUACACAGGGCUCGAAGAGUUCUGCAGGGAGAAGCUGGAGAACGUUAUCGCAGAUCUUUUACCUCUACGCAAUGAAGAGGAGGAUUUAGGAGAUGUGAUUGAGGUUGGGAACGACGAUGUAGCCAGAGCUGACUUGGUGCCAGCGAACGUAGAGUUCUCUCAUAAUGAGUUCUCUCGUCGUGUGCAAAAGAAGGUCAAAGACGAAUUGACCGACUUUGAGUUCGAGGACUCGGGAACAGACACAGCAGUCAGUAACAAAGCAAAUACUUCUCAGCUUCUAUCCAGAGACGCAGCAGUGCUCGAAGCUGUGUCUUUAUUUCCACCAGCUCCCUCUGCACUGACACUCUUGCGAGUAUUCUUUGAGAUCGCCCAAACAAACUAUUUCUAUACCGACGAGGAGACACUUCGACAACGCCUUGACCAGUUCUACUCUUGUCCUACUCGUGUGGGUAGUGAAGAUGCCCCUUGGGUCUCUGUCGCGUUGAUGGUCUUUGCGCUCGGGACACAAUUCUCGCAUCUUUGUCAGUCUUCGGUAAGGGGUUCAAAUCGAGAGCUCAUGAGAGAUGCCCACGAUAUCUGUCAGACCAUAGAUGAUACUAUUGCAUCGACAUUUUACCGCAAGGCGACGAACUUGAUCCCUGAUAUUCUGGGCAUGGGCUGCAUCGAAAGCGUGCAGGCCUUUCUCCUUUUUGGAAUGUAUGUCCUUCCUAUCGACCCAUCUGGCUUGUCUUGUACCUAUUUCGGAAUUGCUAUCAAGGUGGCAACGCAAUUCAAUCUUCAUCAGAAGUCUAUCCGAGAUCUAUCUCCUCGAGAGUUAGAGCUUCGGAAGAGAGUUUGGUGGACUGCUUACGCUCUCGAACGCCGAAUUUGCAUCUUACACGGACGACCUGUUUCUAUUUCGAGACUAGAUAUUGAUGCUAAUCUGCCCAUUGAUCUGGAAGAAAUGCAGCCAAAAGAGAGAAUCAACACUUUUCAAAACAACAUGGCCAUGCUCAGGCUGACUAUCUUCAUGGAGGAUGCUCGAGAUGGAAUUCUGGCUUUGAAGAGCAAAGAUAAAGUGCAGAAAGUUAAAGCAUUUCAAAACAUGGUCCAACUCAAGGAGAGGCUUCGCAAUUACUGGCACAGUCUUUCCGAAGACACCUUUUGUCGAGACCUGACGCCUGGCAAACCACUAUUCCGAUCCAACUUACACCUCUUCUUGACAUAUAAUCUGGUUCAUAUUCUGGUUGGUCGAUCUUUUAUCCUGGACGAGCUGAAUAUCAACACCAAGGAUACCCCGAGUGCAGAGUGGACGAAACUCAGAAGCGAACUAGUCAACGACUGUAUUAACAGCGCCGUCACCACUAUUCACCUCUGUCAAACUCUGCACGAUGAAAGUAGUCUUUCAAAAUCUUCUUACACGGAGUUCAGCUCCUGCUGCGCUGCUGUUCUCGCCCUGGUAGCAAAAUGUGUCUCUGACAAGAGCAGCAGUUGCAAGGAUGCCUGCAAGAAAGGGAUGGAAUUGCUGCGAGAAAUAUCAACCGGUGUCUUUUCGACAAGUGGUGAGAAACGCACAGUAGAAGGGCUAGAGAUUGCUUUCGGCAGGCUGAACAAUGCAAAGAGGCGAGACAGUACUGGGAAGCUCGACGAGGAUGGAUAUCUCCAGUUUCGAAACUGGGUUUCCAUGCAGCAGAUUGUUCCUGGAGAAUCGCUUCAGCUGCCUCGACAGGAGAACUCUAUGCUGGACGUUUUGGGGGGGGCUUCGCUCACGUAUCAGUGUUCUGGAAUGGCCGGAGGUUACAAGACUGGUUGCUCACUGCCUGCGCGUACGGAAGUGACUUCAUUGCCAGAUUUGGGAGAUUGGUUUGAUCAUGGGUUUGAGCAGCUGGUGGCUUAA